GUCUUUUUCAUAAAUCGACAAACCGCGAGAAUUGCUAACGGUUUCACUUUGUGCUUCGUAGUCCUAUUUUGUUUUGAAGUUUCAUUGAAAAUAAACACAAAAACGUAAUGUGAAGACGAAAUAACUGCUUCAGUUUUCUCUUUUAGUAUUUUGUGUGAUUAUUUCUCAUUGUGAUAACUAUUUAAAAUUCAUAUUUGUUUGCGUCAAAAGAUUUGGUUAAAUUAGAAUGGAUUUAGUGUAUAAUGAUCAAGAAAACAUUGUUUCUAAUUUUCGAAGACUACGAAGUCAUUCAAAUGUAAAUCGCAAGAGUGAAAAUCAAAUUAUGAAGCGGUCAGUGCUGGGAGUUAUAAAUGCCGAUAGUAAUAAAAUUGCCCCUGCAAAAUCGAAAAAUGAAGCAACGCAGAAAAGUAUACCCGCCAGAGGACCCACUUACAGAAAUGCCAAUUCAUUCAAAAUUUUCGAAGAUAAAGACGAGAGCACAACUAAUGCCGAUAAAAAGCGUAACGAUAAAUGUAAGAAAGAAUCACCUUCGAAAAAAUUCAAAGACUGUUUGAGCUCGGUUUUGGAAUUACCUCCAAAACUAAUAUCUUGUGAACUUCAAUCGCGCCAGCCUCUGAAAGAUGUUUUUAAUGCUUCUAUUUCGAGUGAAGAAGAUUCAUUAUCCGGCAAAAGCUAUGUCGAAUCGCCUAUGUCUGUUGACAAAACCUUGUCCCCAAUUGCCAGGCCUAAAAGCAUGCUGAAGAAAUUAUACGAUUGCGAUAUUUACAGCGAAGAAAUUUUAAGUUAUUUAAAAACGAUGGAAAAACUGUAUCGCCCUAAACCAAACUACAUGAAACGACAACCAGAUGUAUCUUACAGCAUGCGAACUAUUCUGGUAGAUUGGUUGGUAGAAGUGGCUGAAGAAUAUAAGUUGCAACCUCAAACUUUGUUUUUGGCCGUUUCCUUUAUCGAUAGAUUUUUAAGUUUGAUGUCAGUAGUGCGGUCUAAAUUGCAAUUAUUGGGAACUGCAGCAAUGUUUGUCGCCUCGAAAUAUGAAGAAAUUUAUCCACCCGAUGUCGGCGAAUUUGUAUUCAUUACAGACGAUACAUAUUCACAAAAACAAGUUCUACGAAUGGAAUACCUCAUUUUAAAAGUCUUAGCUUUCGAUAUAUCUGGACCUACGGCCAUCACAUUCGUUCAGCAUUUUUCAGUACUUUGCGAAAUUCCCGAAAAAGUUUUGCAUUUGACCACGUAUCUCUGCGAGUUGAUGUUAUUAGAGGGAGAUCCUUAUCUCGCGUAUCCGAAUUCGAUGUUAGCUGCAUCCGCUACAUUGUUGUCACGUUAUUGCUUGGAAUACUCUGAAUUAUGGCCAGAAAAUUACGCGAAGGUAACUGGAUAUCAAAUAUUGGAAUUAUCGGCGUGUGUUAACCACUUGAAUACCACUCAUGUUAAUGCCAAAACACUGCAACAACAGGCCGUCAACAAUAAAUAUAAUUCUAGCAAAUUUUUGAACGUCACAAGCGUUGAACCGAAAUCGCUGAACGUAAAAGACUACAUAUCAACACUGACGCCUCUUCGAAGAUCCAAGAGACUUAACAGCUAACAGUAUUAAAAGGUUGGCAAUCAACGAACCUGCGCGAAAGAGGCUGGUGAUAUAUUUUUAAACUUGUGUAAUUAAAUUUUUGAUAUUUUUUCACAUUGAACGGAACACGUUUUCGUGUUUUAUUAUUAUUUAUUCUUGAAGUAGAUAUUUCAGCCAAAAUGAUUUUGCUGAACAUUUUUUUUACGUUUAAGUUAAUUGUAUUGUACUUCUUAAUAACCAGAUUUCAAAAUGAACGUCGACUUUAAAACAAUCUGCAGCUCGAGCUCGUCGAAUGAGAAAAAUAAAUAAUUAGGGAAGUAGAAAAUCUGAGAGCUAGAUCCGUUCUUUCUGCUUUUACAUAUUUUCCAAAAUUUUCUCAACUAUUGAAAAAUUCAAAGAAUUUGAUGUAAAUAGAAUAAUUCAACAUAAGCUUUAAAAUAUUAAUAGUUGUUGAAUGUUGUGUGAUGUAUUCGUUGUUUUAACAUUUUCCUAUUUUAAUUUGAAAAAUUGAUAGUUUUAAUUUAUUUAAUGCGUUUGCGAUUGAUAUUGCGUUAUUUCAUCAUUGAAUAAAAUACCAACUUUUUACGGCGCAUAUAAA